AUGCAUUUUCAUUUGCCUUUUACUUCCCAAUAUUUUUUGUUUUCACCUCCCCUCUUUCUUUCUUUCUUUCUUUCUUUCUUUCUUUCUUUCUUUCUUUCUUUCUUUCUUUCUUUCCUGUCCCUCUAUUUUCCUUUUUUCUGUCUCUUUCUUGAUUUCUUUCACUUUGUCUCUCUUUUAUUUUUUCCAUCUACUUCCUCUGUUUUUCUCUACUCAAUGUCUCUUUCUUUCUUUUUUUUCAGUUUCUUUCUAAAUAUUUAUAUUUGUUUCUCUCCUCGUUUGUUUUCUUCUUUUUCUCUUUCCUCCUCUCUUUCUAAUUUUGUUUUUCUCUUUCUUUCCUUCUUUCUUUCCUUCUUUCUUUCCUUCUUUCUUUCUUUCUUUCUUUCUUUCUUUCUUUCUUUCUUUCUUUCUUUCUUUCUUUCAGCCACUCCUUUAUUUUUUUUACGUCUUUAUUUUCAAAUCAUUUUUAUUUUCCACCCUUUCCAGACUUUUCCACCUUUAUUUUCUCCAGGGAAUUUUCCUCUUAAUAAAUGCAAUUAUUUUAAUUUCCUCAUUCAUUCUUUUCCUUCUAUUCCUUCGUUCCUCUCUGUGUAUCUAUCUGUCUCUCUUUUCCUCUGUGUGUGUGCAUGA